AGGCCGCCAAAGGAGGGUCCUUGUAGCUUCUCCUAGCUCCUCAGCCGGGUUGUGUGUCCGCCUGAGCAUCUUUUUUUUUUUGGUGGAAAAAUACAACUGAAAGUAAAAAGACUCCGUAUUUUACCCACACAGCUGCCGUUAAUCCCCGUCGACGGAAAUCUCUUUGAAGACAAAGAGUAUAAAGAUGCCUUCAGCAAUGGUUGGCAACAAUGCUGUGCAGUCUGCCAUUCCAGAGCUUGGAAAGGCAAGCCAGUCGGAAACCAUGAAGCAGGUGCUUGGCGUGAUUGACAAGAAAGUUCGCAACAUGGAGAAAAAAAAGUCCAAGUUGGAUGACUAUCAAGCAAAGAAGGAUAAAGGUGAAAGACUGAACCAGGAUCAACUGGAGGCUUUGUCAAAGUACCAGGAGAUUCUCAACAACAUUGAUUUUGCUCGAGAGUUGCAGAAGGGCUUCCUGACUCUGGGCCAGGACAUUCAGAAGACGGUGAAGAAGACUGCAAGGAGGGAACAGCUACAUCGAGAGGAGCUGGAACAACUGCGGCUGAAAACUGUUUUGGAGCUGCAGUUCUUACUGGACCAGUUGGGAGAUGAAACUGUCAGGCAGGAACUGAAACAGCCUGAUGCCUCGGGUUCCUCCUUGCUCACGGACGCUGAUCUUGCAUCCUUUGAUGAGUUCUACAAACUUGUAGGUCCAGAUCGCAACUAUGACGUGAGGUUGACUGAACAAUACAAAGAGGCCUCACUACACUUGUGGGAACUGCUCGAGGGCAAAAACAAGGCUGUAGCAGGAACGUCAUACAAGUCGCUGAAGGGGACACUGGACAAGUUGCUGCAAAGUGGCUUCUUUGACCGAGCACAAAGUGGUCACAAUGGAACAUGUGAGGUGGAGGUGGAGGUGGAGGCGCAGGACCAGGACCAGGAAAAGCAAACGACAGUGACUGAUUCUAAUAUGGAGGAGCAAACAUCUGAACCUGAAGCAACAGUGACUGAAAAUCACCCAGAGACAGUGAAAGUGGAAACCACAGAGUUUGUUAACAGGCAGUUUAUCCCGGAAAGCACUUACAGCAGUACAGACACAGAAGUGGAGGAGUGGUCGGUAGACGUUCAGAUGGUGAACUCCCUCCAGCUUCAGCCCCCAACCCAGCUGACUCCAGAACCAACUGUCGAUGUGAACCCUGUCACUCCUUCUCCGCCUACUGACCCAGUAGUCAGGAAGCAGGUAGUGCAAGAUCUCAUGGCCCAGAUGCAAGGGAUGUAUAACUUCAUGCAGGACUCAAUGUUGGAAUUUGAUGGCCAAGCCCUCGACCCAGCAAUUGUUUCCGCCCAGCCCAUGAAGCCAGUCCAAACUGUAGACCUACAACAGAUGGCCUCCCUUUCAGAGUCCAGACUUUCACAAAUAAGUGCGGCGACGGGACCAAAGGAACUCUCACAAGCUGCAAUAUCUCUGUCCUCUGAGCCGUCCUCUGCUUCCUCUUGCUCCCUGUCCUCUGCCUUCCCACCCGCCUCCAAAUCCGUUCGCCCGGGUGGCAUCAAUGUCAACGCUGCACCCUUCCAGUCAGUGCAAGCGGUAUUCAACAUGAACACAUCUACGCCUCCAUCCACUGGCCAUGCAGACCCCCUGAAGCAGCCAGGCCAGUUCUCUGCCGGCUACGCGCAGGGUUUCAGCGGUCAGUCUGAUAACACGGUGGACCAGCCAGAGGCACCACAGGAGACAUUACAGUCAGUUGUUGCUGGCUUCCAGCCCCAAGCCCAGGUCCUGCCUUCCCCAGUCGGACAUGAAGACUCAUCACCCGGUGCAAGUUUUGGACAGUCGGGUCAGUCCUUCUACAACAGCAGGCCCGUGACGAGGGGCGGGGCCAGGAACAGCAGAGGCGCCAUGAACGGUUACCGAGGUUCUUCUAAUGGAUUUCGAGGCCGAUAUGAAGGCUACCGCCCUUCUUUUUCUAACCCUCCCAGCGGUGGUUACACUCAAAGCCAAUUCAACACGGGGACCCGGGACUACUCGAAUAACUACCAGAGGGAGGGCUACCAACAAGGUUACAAACGUGGAUCUGCCCAAGGAGCACGAGGAUUGUCCCGAGGUAACGCUCAGGCCAUGCGAUCCUAACAAGCGUCUCAUCGCUCCACGUCCAACAUUCAGGAUUUUUUCGAAUGUGUUUCACCCCGGCUAACUUUUGUAAUGUUUCAUUUCACAUUAACGAUCUUAUUUCCCCCUUUUUUUUUAAAAAUCCCCUGCCUACUUUUGCCUGCUUUCGUCUGCCCACAUCCUCAAAAUGUUUUAACACGAAAUGCUGACCUUGGUAACACGUAGGAUUAUCAGCAAGUGUGUGUGAUAUUAAACAAAUAGAUAUUCCUGUAAACUUGAAAGAUUUCAUUAAUUUAUUUUUUGUACAAAAUAAAUGCAAAAAAUACCCUGAAACUGUCAAAAUGAUUCCCAGGAGAUUUCCCUCUGGCACGUUCUCCCUCCCCUCAUGUAGACCAUUUCUUUUGUAAGCUCAUGACCACCAUCACACUCUUUGUAUGCUGAUGUCAUCAGUCAAGACUGUUUCAAUAAAUAAAGCUGUGUUCUAUUA